AUGGUUGUAGUAUUGCGGGAACUAAGAAGUGGAGCCUGGCCCCGCCAAUCCGGGACGGCCGAUUUGCGUCUUUCCCCGACUAUCCGCCUCUUAUCCUUUGCCCAAAUCGACCUCCAUCUAAAGUUCCUUCCCUCCCCUACCUUCUCCCUCUCAUUUCAGUUACUUCGCAGCAUCGUGAAGAUGAUGCUGAGUAAACUAGACCCGCGGGGGUUACUCGCUGUGCUACUUCUGGUCUCACCCGCACUGGCCCAUGGUGGCCAUGAAAAUGUUCCCGAGGAGCCGUUAACUCGGGGGACCCCAUUGUACGACUCAACUUUAUGGGUGCACAUGAUUCUGAUGGGAUUUGCCUUUGGCAUCAUAUUUCCACUGGGAAUGGUUCUAGGGAUUGUACGUUCACGAUGGCAUGUUCCUCUCCAAAUAGUUGGCACGAUAAUCGCAAUCGUAGCCUAUUUCCUGGGGCAUGCCCAUAAAGGCCGCCAAUUCUCAAAGAACAUUCACGCAUCUUUCGCAAACAUCUUGAUGCUUAUGAUGGUAGUACAAGUUGUAAUUGGUUUUUACCUUAAGCUACACCUUUCCAAAGGUAUCCAUGGACGCAUUCGCCGGGUUAUGGUUGUUAUACACGGCAUCAUUGGCAAGGCGAUGCCAGUUGUUAGUUGGGUUCAGAUGUUGUUUGGCGGCAUAACUGCAAUGGGCUUUUGCCACGAUGAUCAUCUGGGACAAUGUUUAGCCCACUUUAUCAUGGGCAGCGCCUUCAUUGCCUACGGAAUCAUGCUCACCAUCCUUCUUCUUGUCGGCCAGUUUUGGCUACGUCGCUCUGGCCGAAGCCAGGAAUUCUUCGACUCGUUGAUUAUUGCCGCCUGGGGAUGUGUCAAUACUUUCACAGAGCAUCGAUGGGGAAGUGACUGGAGCCAUAACGAUCUGCAACACACUACUAUGGGAAUUGUCUGGUGGUGUGCUGGCCUUUUGGGCAUGUGGCUGAGUCGUAAACGCAACGGUCGACCAAAGCGGAAUUUGAUCCCAGCUAUUGUCAUUCUUCUAACUGGCUAUGCCAUGUCUGCCCAUCCGCAGUUCUUGGAAAUUAGCACAAUGAUUCACACUAUCUUUGGCUAUACACUGAUGGCGGCCGGUCUAACAAGAAUCAUUGAGAUUUCCUUUGUCUUGAAGGAUCGGGGCACUUUGAGUUUGGAUGGCUCGGAACCCAACAGCUUCCAGUACCUGCCCCCAUUCCUCUUGUAUGCUUCGGGCUUUCUCUUCAUGGGCGCCACAGAGGAGCAGAUGCAGCUCUUGCAUGACGCAGGAAUCACGCAUGUAUCAUACGUUUUGAUCUUGUACAGCAUCGCCUUCAUUCUCUUCCUAUUUGUCAACAUUCUCCUCCACAUAUAUGCCGUACAUGCAUGGCCCGACUCUGCGAAGACCUCGCCUGCUCGCUCCUCUAGCGAGGAAGAGAUCACUCCAGACGCGACUCAAGUAAACGGCGGCUUUCUCAACGGCCAUGUUCGCUCAAAUUCCGAAGUACAGCACAUUCAUGAUGCAGAGGCCUACGAGCUAGAAGGCCUGAUAUCUGAUGAGGAAGAUGACAGUAAAGCAGCUGGCGACAGCCAUACCAUGGGUUCCAAAAGGGUCACUGAUGAGGAGAGUUCUCCUUUAGUCGGAAAAGAGACCACGAGAGGUUGA